AUGGAGCAAGAGGCCAUAGAAAGACUUGGAGAAAUGCGAAAGCGUGUUGCCCAGAUACCACCCAUUUUUGUAGAACCCACGCAUUUGUACGAUAUUGCUAAGGCCCGUGUGGAGACAGAAAAGGAGAUCAUGCGGAUAUUGAAGGAUACAGGCGUGGACGUUGGGACGCUGACGGCUAUAGUGAGUGGUGACAGUAAGGAGUCCGCGGAUGUCGGCGGGGCUACGACAACCAUAGAAACUACUAAUAAUGCUUCUGAUGCAGGGGUCACGACGGCAGUAGAGCCAAAGAAUGAAGAGGAAUCAAAGAUGGAAGGGCCUUCCACAGCGAAGGAGCGAGGGGAAAAGAGGAGUGACAGUGACACUGGUAGCAGCAGCAGCACCAGUAAUAGUAGCAAGACCGCAGCCCAUGAAGGAAAGGGUGGCUACGAGGAUGAUUUUGAGAUCAGUUCGGCCUCUUCGACAGCAUCGGUAUAA